AUGUGUGCGUCUUUAAAUAGCGAGGCCCCUUCACCUACGUGCGUUGCAGUUGUUAUGAGAGAGGGAGGAAGGAAAGUGAGAAGAGGACAUGGAUAUAAGCUCCCACUUAUCCUCGAUGGAGGAAAGAGAGCAGCAGCUCCCAAUCGCUACCAACUCUUCCAUCCGCGCGCAAGCACCAACCACGGGCCUUAAUAUAGCUGCCACUAGCCAAGCUCUCACUUGGCUCUCCAACCUGACCAGAUUCCAUGCCGGAUACUUUCGCAUCAGCCUCUCCCUCUGCGGCCAGGCCCUGCUAUGGAAGACUCUCAGGGAGCCUACCACCGACGACCACGCCCUCCGCCAUGUCAUUCACAUGCUUCCCUCGGCCGCCUUCUUCUUCCUCUGGUCCCUCGCCCUUUUCUCUCUCGUGGCGCUCUGCCUCCUUUACGCCAUCCGCUGCCUCUUUCGGUUCGAGAACAUCAAGGCCGAGCUCUCCCACCAUGUCGGCAUGAACUACCUCUUUGCGCCAUGGAUCUCAUGGCUUCUCCUCCUCGAGUCCACCCCCUUCCUCCACCCCAAGACCGCCAGCUACCUCGCCCUCUGGUGGGUGUUCUCGGUCCCCAUAUUCGUUCUCGAUGUCAAGAUCUACGGGCAGUGGUUCACCAAGGGGAAGAAGUUGCUGUCGAUGGCGGCGAACCCCACGAGCCAGAUCUCGGUGAUCGGGAACCUGGUGGGGGCGAGGGCGGCGGCGAGGAUGGGGUGGCGGGAGAGCGCCUUGUGCAUGUUUUCACUUGGGAUGGCGCAUUACCUCGUGCUCUUCGUCACCUUGUACCAGAGGUUCGUGGGGAGCGAUAGCCUCCCGGCGAUGCUCCGCCCGGUAUUCUUCCUCUUCUUCGCGGCGCCAAGCAUGGCCAGCUUGGCCUGGGAUUCCAUCUCUGGCACCUUCGACAGUGCCUCCAAGAUGCUUUUCUUCCUAUCACUCUUCCUCUUCGCUUCAUUGGUGUCGAGGCCAGCACUGUUCAGGAGAUCCAUGAGGCGGUUCAACGUUGCAUGGUGGGCGUACUCCUUCCCGCUGACCAUGCUGGCCCUGGCGGCCGCUGAAUAUGCCCAGGAGGUGAAGGGUUCCGUCUCUGACGCCCUCAUGCUCGUCCUCUCCGUUCUCUCCGUGCUUGUCACCGUGCUCCUCUUGGUCUUCACAUUUCUCAAAACCGGCGAUCUCUUGCCCCAUGACGAUCCCUUCGCACCAUCGCCCUCAAUGCCGGCGGGCUCCGGAGUGCCCAACUGCACACUUAGCCACACUUAGCCACUAUCAGUGAUGCACUUGUUCCAUGCAAUCCUGGUGCUUCAUGUGUAAUCUUGUUGUGCUUUGAAUAUUUACAUGUACGUAGUCACUUAUUACCUUGACAAGUAACUUUUUGGCAUAUGCUCUCCAAGAAAAUCGUAGCCUAUUUUUUUCUAGUUUUUAUCAGUCAAAGUUCGUAUGCUGAACCAAUUAGGCGAGAAAUCUUACCUUCUAAGCUAAAGAAAAGUCGUGAUGAAAAGAGCUGAACAUAGAGUACUUGUCAACAAUUGCUGAAGAACACGGAACAAUGACAGAGGAUAAAAGAAGAAGGUUGAGGGUAAGAGAGUUUGAAUGGAAA